CCAGUUCUCACAGUGGCCCUUUAUGCUAAAAUCACACUAAUCCAAAAAUGGGAGUUUAGAGAGCCGCUCUGAAAUAGGCUGGAAAAACUCUGCCGUGGUCUGGUUCACAAAAGCAAAGGACACAUUCUAUAAGCUCUCUCUGCUACAUAAUUUCUUAAGUUCCACAUCUUAAUUUGCUUUAUAAGUACUGCAGUCGAUCCCCUCAGAAGUUCUGUAAAAUUGUGGUAAUCAAGGAAAGGAUCAGCUUUCUGAGGGUGAUGUGACCUAGAGGCAGGUCUGAUUACAUCACUUGUUUUGGGAUGAGUCCGAGGAGCUUUAUAAAAAGCAGACCUGAAAGGAGGGAGAGAGACAAGGAAACAGAAGAGCAAUAAUUCAUUAGCAGAAGGUCUGCACGCGUGCCAUUUGCAGUUUGCCAGACACCUACAAGGGAGUUUCUUCAGAGUACAGAGAAACGUGUGAACUGCUGGUAUAUUACAAGUCUUUCCUUGAGAUGUCAGUCAAGAGCUGCAAUAGAGCCACGGUCACUACUGUGCUCCUUUUCUUCCUAAAGAUACAACUCUCGGUACCAGCCUCACUGAAUGGGUCAAAAUGGUCCUAUAUUGGUCCUGAUGGAGAGAACACCUGGCCGAAGAAAUAUCCAUUUUGUGGAGGAGUAUUUCAAUCACCAAUAGAUUUUCACAAAGAUAUUCUCCAAUAUGAUUCUAAUCUCUCACCUUUAGAAUUCAUAGGCUAUAAUGUGUCUUCCACUGACCAGUUCACACUGACUAAUAAUGGGCACUCAGUGAAAAUGCAUCUGUCACCUACCAUGCACAUCAGAAACCUCCCUUUUGAAUACACUGCAUCUCAACUUCACCUGCACUGGGGAAACAGAAACAAGUCGGAAGGCUCAGAGCACACAGUCAGCGGGAAGCACUUUGCAGCAGAGGUGCAUAUUGUACAUUAUAACUCUGAGAAAUAUCCAGAUAUAACAGCAGCAAUGGACAAAGCAAAUGGACUGGCAGUUUUGGCUAUUCUUCUUGAGAUUGGACCCUUCAACCCAUCAUAUGAAAAGAUCUUCAGGCACUUCCGGAAUGUGAAAUACAAGGAUCAGAUGGUCCAUGUCCCUGGUUUCAACGUUCAGGAAUUGCUUCCUGACAGACCAGCUGAGUAUUAUCGCUAUGAAGGAUCCCUGACAACUCCUCCUUGCUACCCCAGCGUUCUCUGGACAGUCUUCCGGCACCCCGUUAAAAUUUCACAAGAGCAGCUGCUGGCACUGGAAACAGCCAUGUACUGCACAGAGAGUGAUGACCCAGAACCCCUGGAAAUGGUCAAUAACUUCCGAAACGUUCAGGAGUUUCGUGAAAGACUUGUUUUUAUCUCCUUCCGUGAAGGUGUUCUUGUUUCUGUUGUGAUAGCCUGCAUUAUGGGAGUUCUCAUCUUCCUUCUAGUAGCUUGUUGCCUAUGCAGGAGGAAAAGCUGCAAAAAAGAAGAGAACCGAGAGGUCACCUACACACAAGGCAGGCACCAGAAGGAAGAAGCUAUUUCCAAACUAUGAUGCUGUGCUCUGUCUCGGAUGCCCCGCUUCGUUCAUAGCACUGACUGAUUCUGCACUAGUGGAACAUGACGCGCUCUCUUGGAGUGGAUUCCCUUGCUCUUGGCUAAUGAUAAGCUCAGAGUGUUCUACAAGUGUACCAGCCCAAACUUCUACUGGAGCCUUUGUUCUCCUUUUCCAGGGAGAUCUGAUCAGUGAACAUGGCUGAGGGCUAAAUUCCUUCCCACACUUACUUCAUGCUGGCUGCUUACUGAGUCUGGGUCUUUUAACUGAUUCUAUAGUUAAUUCUAAACUCCAGUUUUAUGGUUUGUUUAGCAAAGACUUUCCCACAAGUAUUCAAACUUGAAGACACUGAGCAAGGUAUGUGACUACUGCUAGAUCAGUGUUUUGGUCUUUGGGCAAUUUAGGAAAAGCACAUGAACACAAACAAGAUAUUUAAAAGGGCAUUUGUCUUAUUUAUCUUGAUAUCCUGCUCUUAUUUGUGGCAUGUAUAAGAAUGAUGUGAGAGAUCCUGCCAUUGCUGCUGCUUUUUAGCAUGCUACUUCCUAUUUAAUCAUGAAAUCUUGACUGAUUUCAGAGUACAUACAACAAAUCCAAUUAUA